AGUACCUAGAGAUGGUAGAUCCACCAACCUUCAGUCUCGGGUUGACAGCUUCGGAUGAGGAGAAAGGGAAUGCUUCAUCAUCUGGUGCUGAGGCAAAUGUAAAGCAUAAAGGAAAGGGAAAAAAAGAUGAGAAGAAAGUAAGUGAUAAAGUGAGGAAAGAUAACGAUGCUGAGGCAAAUGUAAAGCAUAAAGGAAAGGGAAAAAAAGAUGAGAAGAAAGUAAGUGAUAAAGUGAGGAAAGAUAACGAUGCCGAUCCAAGAUUGAGGCACAAGCUUAGCAUACCUAAGGUGUACGACAUUAUGCAAUUGAUAGAAGGAAAAAGAAGGAAAGAUCAGAUAGUUAAGGAACUUACCGAAUGUGGCUUUGGAGGAAUGAGGUAUAUAUGUAAUUGGACAAAGAUUCCUACCUUCUUUGUGGAUUGGAUAGUAAAAAGCUUUGAAAAAGAGCACAUGUGGAUUAGACUGACAAAGACAAAGGUACUCCCUUUGAGAGAUGAUGAUGUACAUCGAGUGUAUGAUCUACCAAUGGCGGGGAAGGAAAUUAACUUGGAUCUUUGUUCUGAUGGAGCUAUAAGGAGACUAAGAAGAGAAUUAGGAUUGGGUGGGGAUAGUUCUCCACAUGUGAAGGUGAGUGAUUUGGAAAGCAAAUUGAAGACGAUCGAGCAUCCAAAAGCAUGGGUUAAAGGAGCAAUCUGUUAUAUCAUUCACAAUAUUUUGUGCCCCACUAAUCAUAGUGGUGUAUCACUACAAUAUGCACAAAUAUUGGAGGAUCCAGCCGGCGUGUCAUCGUACAAUUGGUGUUCAUAUGUUCUUCAAUAUAUGAAAGAAGGUUUGCAAAAUCCGAUUGUUGCAAAUCCAUUAGCCGACUUCCAUUUCCUCAUGAUUAAUUAUAUGGAAAAGAUGGGGAAGAAAAGCCCAUUUCUGACCGGGAGAUACAAACGACCCUCACUUCGUGAUUGGGACGUAAAGACGGCAACCCAAGAUAUUCAAAAGGUCCACGACGUUAUGGGACUCGAGUAUGGAUUGACAGCCGGUGUAACCACAUUGAACAACACUGAUGAAGUGCCACUCGUGCUAUGCUUUGAUGCAGAUACUUGUCCAUUGUCUGCGGCACCGAUGCAUCUUAAUCACUGUAGGUCCUGUAUAAUGAUCUACAAUAGAGCUGCUGAAAUAUUGGAAAGAAGGUUAGCUGAGGGUAAAGAUGGGGCAGCUGAACAAAAAGUUGGAAAUGAGCAGGCAAAUAUUGAUGAGGGAAAUGUUAGGAAACAAGGUCUAAGAUAUAAAUCAUCAGCUAAAAGAAGAAAAGUAAUUCCCAAUGUAGAAGAUGAGGAAGCAGAUGAUGGACAAGGACAACAACCACCACUCUCUGGUACACAAGAAACAAUACUGCAGUAUCCACAAUAUUUUGAUGCAGGGUAA